UACACAUAUAAAAAAAAAGGCAAGCAGAGAGAGAGAGAGAGAGAUGAUAAAUUAAUGAAAUAAGACUUGGGACGGUGGUGUCAAUUUUGAGCAAGUGGGAGUGUCUCUUCUUUUAUUUAUCAUGUUUGAGAGAGUUUAGAGGCCAUGUCUCCUUGAUUAACCUUCUCUGUCCGGUGUCCUUGGACUCUGUUACCAUUUUCGUUAGCAACCAUUUCACUUUGUUACAAAACCACACUAUCCCCAUUUACUCUCUUUCCCUCCUCGACCUCGUUCUGUGGGCAAGUUCCGUUCAUACUACGAAGCUCGUCAAAACAUUUUUUUUUUUCCCUUAGUCUUCCUGGCGAUUUUAGCUUGCAAAGUUUUGGAUUUCGUGGAGUUUGGGAAUUUUCAUUUCUGAAGGUGAAGCUGAGGGACUUAUCUUUGUUAGGCAAAUAUGAAAUUUAUGAAACUUGGAUCCAAGCCUGAUUCUUUUCAGGCCGAUGGGGACAACAUCAGGUAUGUUGCAACUGAGGUGGCAACGGACAUGGUGAUUAAUAUUGGGGAUGUGAAAUUCUAUCUGCACAAGUUUCCACUGCUAUCCAAGAGUGAACAUCUGCAGAAGCUGGUUGCGAGCACAAGUGAUGAUGGUGAUGAAAUUCUCAUCCCGGAGAUUCCUGGUGGACCUGCUGCUUUUGAGAUAUGUGCAAAGUUCUGUUAUGGUAUGACUGUCACUCUCAAUGCAUACAAUGUGGUUGCAGCUCGGUGUGCAGCAGAGUUCCUUGAGAUGUAUGAAAGUGUUGAGAAAGGAAACCUUGUCUACAAGAUUGAUAUCUUCCUAAAUUCCAGCAUCUUUCGCAGCUGGAAAGAUUCUAUCAUCAUCCUUCAAACCACAAAAUCUCUUCUUCCAUGGGCCGAAGAAUUAAAGUUGGUUAGCUAUUGUCUUGAUUCCAUAGCUUCAAAGGCUUGCAUGGAUACUACCAAGGUGGAGUGGUCAUACACCUAUAACAGGAAAAAGCUCCCAUCUGAGAGUGGGAAAGAUCCUCUGUGGAAUGGUGUAAGAAGACCGCAAGUAGUUCCUAAAGAUUGGUGGGUAGAAGAUCUUUGUGAACUUCAAAUCGAUUUAUACAAAAGGGUAAUUACAACAAUAAAAACAAAAGGAAGAGUCUCCAGUGAUUUAAUUGGAGAAGCCUUGAUUGCAUAUGCCUUGAGAAGACUGCCAGGUUUUAGCAAGGGAAUUUUGCAGAGUGGCGAUAUUACAAAAUACAGGUCAUUAGCUGAGACCAUUGUCUGGAUGCUGCCCACGGAGAAAGGCAGUGUUCCCUGUGGUUUCAUGCUUAGGUUGUUAAGAGCAGCAAUACUGUUAGAAUGUGAAGAAACGGAAAGGAAUGAAUUGAUGAGAAGAAUAAGUCAACAGCUCGAUGAGGUUACAGUGGCUGAUCUUUUGAUUCAAUCUUCAACAAGGGAAACAACAAUGUAUAAUGUUGAUAUUGUGCAAGCCCUAGUAGAGAAGUUUGUGGCUUAUGAACAGAAUGCUAAGAAUGCUCUUCUUGUAGACGGUGACUUCCAGGACAAUAGAAGCCCAAAGCUUGCAUCAGAUGCUUCCAAAGUGCUCGUGGCAAAGCUGGUCGAGGGUUAUCUUGCUGAAAUUGCCCGAGAUCCCAAUUUACCUCUCUCAAAGUUUGUCAAUCUUGCUAACACGGUAUCAAGCUUUGGGAGAGCAUCACAUGAUGGAUUGUACCGCGCCAUCGAUAUGUAUCUUAAGGAACACCCUGGGAUCAGCAAGAGUGAAAGAAAGAGAAUUUGUAGGUUGAUGGAUUGCAGGAAGUUGUCAGCAGACGCGUGCAUGCAUGCUGUGCAAAAUGAGCGGUUACCCUUGCGAGUUGUUGUACAGGUUCUCUUCUUUGAGCAGAUUAGGCAAGCAACAUUAGCUGUAGACAACAGCACUCAAGAACUACCUGGGUCUAUUAGGGCCUUACUCCCGGGUGGGUCUCAUGGGAGCUCAAGAUCGACAACCAAUACAGAAGAGGACUGGGAUGCUGUGCCAACAGCUGAAGAUGUCAAGGCUUUGAAAGGAGAACUUGCUGCUCUAAGGCUAGGGGGCAGUGGCAGCGAUAGAAAUUUGAAUGAUGGCGCCAAAAAUGAUGUUGCAGCUGGUAAACUGAAAGGUUUAGUCAUGUCAAAGAUCUUUUCGAAGCUGUGGUCAAACAAAGAGCGAAAUGGUGAGAUUAGCAGUUCCGAUUCAUCGGGUUCUGCCACUGCAGAGGAGACAAAAUCUACUCCUUCAAGAAGCAGAAGGCAUUCAGUAUCAUUGACAGAACAUCCUUGAGCAAAAAAGGAAAGCAUGGGCUUGUUGUUGGGCUUGUUAAAUUAUCUCAGUAAGUUGACCACUAGGGAAUUCUUAGAAUUCACUGACGAUUGCCAGCGGAAUAUCCACUGCGAUUUUCCAUGUAAAAGAGGGCUAUUUUUUAUUUUUAGCACAUUUAAAAAAAAAUACUGGCAAAAUAA